UCAGGGAAAGGUUUUUUCUCUUCCUUGUAUUAUGGACAAUAAGACAAUUUAGUGACAGUCCUCAAGGCUUAUGUGAAGGGCUAUGAGGGAGAACAAGAUGAUUUCCUCUUUCUUCCUUUUUUUCUUGAAAAAAUGAAAGGAAUGGAGUCUCUUGCAGCAGGAGGGAGCUGGGCCAGGUUCUGGAAGGUGCAAUCUCACAGGAGAGUUGGGCACAGGAAGUCCAGGAUGUAUCCAGAGCCCUGCACAGAGCUCCCAGGCUCCAGAAAAUGUCUGGACCUCAGCGCGCUCCACUCAGUGGAGCUCCUUGCUCUGCUUGACUUCAUCCCUCCCUCCUCACCCCUACACACUGCCCCUCACUCUCGGGCUCUCCUCUUCGCUUCACGUUGGGCUCUGUCCCCAACACCCAGCCCACAAAACCAUGCACCUGGCUUAUUCCCCUCCCCCUCCCUCUGUCUCAGCCUCAGGACACUGACAGGACCUGGGCCUCCUCACCACGAUGAACUCACUGGUCUCGUGGCAGCUGAUGCUUUUCCUCUGUGCCACUGUCUUCAGAGAAACAUUUGAAAAGGAGGCACCCGUGGAGAACCCUGGACCGACAGGCCAGCGGCUCGGACCCCAGGCCCUCCUGGCCCCGUGGGAGCAGAGCCAGCGGUGCGCCGAGAGGAAGGCAGCCGGGGCUCAGUCCAGCCCGCGGGGGGCUUCGCUGUGCCCGCCUCCCGAGAGCCCCGCGGGGCCCCAGCGGCGGGGCCUGUGCGCCCCCCGCAGCCGCCUGAUCCCCGCCCCCCGGGGCUCGGUGCUGGUGCAGCGGGAAAAGGACCUGCCCGCGUACAACUGGAACUCCUUCGGCCUGCGCUACGGCAAGCGGCAGACUGCGCCCCCCGCGAGGCUGGGCGGGGGCGCCUGGCGUGGCUGA